AAAACGUGGACAUAGUGUCACUACUACAAUAAUAAGAUUAAUAUUUUUCAAUCCCAUUAUCAAUUUUAUAUACCCGGUGUUAGUAUUGACCUAGGCUACUAUGGCUAACAGGCUAAAACAGGUGCGCUUUCUCCAAUAAAAUCAUACAAUUUGUAAUUAAACAUCAAGCAAAAAACGUACUCUAUAGUUAAUUUAAUAUGAAAAAUAUUUUUUAAACGGACCAGGCCUAAUCUGGGGGCUUUUAUCUGCGAAAAAUUUAUAAUUGUUGAUUUAUAAUAAUUAUUUUUCUUCAGGGUAGACAUAUUAUUACAGUCUUUAGCUAAAAAGCAAAAAUUCAUUAACUUUAAACAUUAACUGCACAGACCUAACCCGGCCAGGCCUGCGAUAACAAAUAUUCAGAACACAACCCAAUCCCAACCUACAAUACAUUGGUAGCCCUACAAUGAAUAUUUUCAUAACGACUUUUGAAAGCUUCCCGUGAAAAUCAUUGCGUUUACGCGGCAGCAAGUGGGAACCGUAUUCAUUUUGUUACGUAAGAUGUGCAAAUACAACUUUCUGUCAGGAGGGGGGAUACGAAAUUGCUGGAAGAGCAUUUGCUUACAUUGCGUUGCGUACGUUGCGUAACCUGCAAAAAUAUUUUAUCGACUCUUUUAGGCCGCGAAACAGUUUGAACUCCAGCCAGGAAUCUAGAAGAUGUAAUUAUAUCGGAAGAAGGAAUACGAAUUACUGACCUGAACUUCCGAUAUUACAUGAAUGUCUAUUAAUAGAAUCAUAAUUCUUUUAAAAUAUUACCCGGACACCAUCGUGUUUUACACUGCGACACGGCAUAUAACAGUCCGGACAACUUGUGAUUUCUAUGGUGCUCGGAGGAAAUUCCAUAAUAGUGACAUAAUAUGCUGCAUUGGGCGAAAGGUAUAUUGCUUCUUGUUUGGAAAACAACGAUGAUUGAUGCACAAUGUUCUCCCGGAUUUAAUUGUUCGGGUAUGACGUCAUGUUACCUUAUUUACCCCGGAAGUAAUGGUUUGGAAUAUCAACAUCCAAACGGAGACAUUUCGGUCUUUGACGAUGCACGUGUGGUAUAUCCAUCUCCAAACUGCUUCAAAUAUAUACCAAUGAACGGAGCAAAGCAGUCAUGUAUUGAUACUCAGCGUGAAUGCGAAAAAUUAGGCGGAAACAUCACAGUAAUAAACAGUUUUGAUGAAUACAAAGCGUUGACAGUGGUCGUGCACUCUAUUAUGUUAGACACAGCGGAAUUUGAUAUAAAAUUCAAGGUUUUUAACCAAGCAGCUAUCAUAGAAAUAGGCCUGUAUAAAGGGUGUACAACAUUUACAAUCAAGAAUCUGAUUAACAAAUUUCAAGUGUCUGGGCAGAACACCGAUUGCUUUGGAACUUCUCAGGUAGACGCUAUUAUUUGCGAGUCGUCGGAUGUGAAUAUUGCAAAAAUAUGUCCCAAGCCAAAAAUACCAUCGACGAAAUACGAGCCAAAGGAUCCACAAAAUGAGACAAAGGAUCAGCAAAACAAGACGACGGUCUCUGUUAAGACGACAGCGAUAAUUGCCUCGGUCAUUGGCACGAUAAUACUAAGUUGCUUGUAUGGUUGUAUCCGACAGUGUCAGAGAACAACAAAUCUUGGGUAAAUAACGCCAUCACGUUAAUUAUAUUUCUAUUACUAUCACUAUUAUUACUAUUACUAUUAAUAGUAUUGCUAUCACUAUUACUAUUAAUACUAUUAUAAUGUAGCACACUCCACAGCUAAUGUAGUAAAACUCCCCGCUAAUGUAGAAACCCCAACAGCUUAUGUAGCCUAGUAAAAAGAAAAUCAACCCCAGCUAAUGUAGAACGCUCAACAGCUAAUGUAGUAACCAAAAUUGCCUCACAGCUAAUAUGGAACGCUCAACAGCUGAUGUAACGAAAAUUGCCCCACAGCUUUGUAACUACUAUCGCCAGCUAAAGUAGAAUAUAGUAUAAAAUCUUAUAUCAAAGUGGAACAUAUUGGAGGUUGCUAAUGCUAGCUUUAAACUAUUACGUCUUUAAAUUAUUAUCAGCAGUAUUGCUUUUCGUCUUCCGUUUUGAUGCCUGUUUGUUGUUUGCCAUCUCACUGUAUAUUCCUCAAUGAAUAUUGUUCUAUAUAUAAAUAAAUUAUAAGAUAAAUUACCUCAGACGGGGUAACCUGUGACCUCUCCUGCUGUCAAUGUGAACCCCAUAAACACUAAAUCACCACCAUUUUAUCAUAUAAUAAGGUAUUUUAUAUGGCUAUAUUUUUUUUAAUAUUUGGCUCUGACGAAGGGCUUAAACCAAGGUAAGGCCUUCCUUCUGGCUGUUCACUUUAUAUAGGCCUAUAAUAAGAUCAGGGGCGGA